CUGCACUGGUGGGCGGCACUGGGUGGGCAGCACUGGGGUGGUGGGCACAGGUGGGUGGCACUGGUGGGCACAGGUGGGUGGCACUGGUGGGCACAGGUGGGUGGGCACAGGUGGGUGGCACUGCUGGGCACAUGUAGGUGGCACUGCAGAGUGGCACAGGUGGGUGCACUGCUGGGCACAGGUGGGGGCACUGCUGGGCACAGGUGGGGGCACUGCUGGGAACGGGUGGGCGGGGCUAGUGGGCGCACUGCUGGGCGGAAAUUGCGGGUGUCACUGCUGGGCACCGAUCAUCAGGGCACU